AUUUGGACUCAUAUCAUCAGUUUUCUCGAAAAGAAAUGGAAAACCUGUUUGAUAACCCAACUCCAGUUUAUUCUGGAAUUGGGAAAUGUGUUGUUGAGACUGACACAUGUUUAGUACAUUCUCAAGGUGGAGAAUCCUGCACAAGAAAAUUUUUGAUAGAACCAUAUUGUUCUGUCAAAGAAAGAUUAAUUUUAGCUAUUGACUACUUAAAAGAAGAUGUGGAAGAUAGUGAUGUGCUUAUUCAAAUAUGGGUGCCUACAAAAAUAGCAGCUCAAAAUGUGCUUACUACUACUGACCAGCCUUAUUCUCUUAAUCCGAGUUGCCUAAGUUUGGCGAGUUACAGAAAUGUUUCGAAAGCAUUUCAUCUCCCACAGCUUGAGGAGGACAAAAAGAGUCAAGCUGAGUUGCCGGCUGGACGAGUGUUUCCUGGAAGAAGUUUCCCUGAAUGGACUCCUGAUGUUAGAUUGUUCAGGAAUGAUGAAUGUCCGCGAAAAUAUUGUGCUGAGUUGUAUAAUAUUAGUGGGUGUCUUGCAUUGCUGGUUUUCGAACAAGAAAGUGGAACUUGCUUGGCUGUUGUUGAGAUUGUAACGACAACUCAGAAGAUCAAUUAUCAUUUAGAACUAGCAAUUGUGGGUAAAGCUCUUGAAGCUAUCGAUCUAAAGAGUUCGCAAGAUUUCUUUCCUUUUUGUAUAAAGACUUGCAAUGAAUUCUACCAAAUUGCAAUUCCAGAAAUAUCAAAGAUUUUAAAAUCUGUCUAUGAGACUAAUAAUUUGCCUUUAGCUUUGACAUGGACAUUAUGUAAUCGCCAAGGCGAAAAUGAAUACGAGCAGGUUUCAGGGAAGUAUGAUUAUUAUAUAUCAACUGUCGAUUCUGCUUGCUACAUGGCUGAUAGUGAUCUUUUCGGAUUCUUUAAAGCAUGCUCCACGCAAUACUUAUUCCUUGAUCAAGGGAUAGUAGGGAAAGCAUUCACAAGAAACAAGCAAUUGUUUGCUACUGAUGUAACCUCCUUUAGCAAAACAAGUUACCCUCUCUCUCACCAUGCCAGGAUGUUUAAUUUGCGUGCAGCUUUGGCAAUUCCGCUUGAUAGCAUGUGCAUCGGUUCAAUUGAAUUUGUCUUAGAGCUAUUCUUGCCAAGAUAUUCUGCACUUAAAUUUGGUGUUGUUGAUGAGAGUAAAGAAAAUUCUUCUGUUGGCAUAGAUUUCUCAUUGAGCAAAAACUUAAGAGCAGGUGAGAAGAGACAGACCAAGGCAGAAAAGACAAUCAGUGCAAAUUGUUUGCAAAUUCUUCGACAAUAUUUUGCUGGGAGCCUUAAAGAUGCUGCUAAAAGCAUUGGAGUUUGCCCCACUACACUGAAAAGGAUAUGCAGGCAACAUGGAAUCAAUCGUUGGCCUUCUCGAAAAAUCAAGAAAUAAUCAGUUAAUCACUCUUUGAAGAAACUUCAACUAGUAGUCAACUCUAUCUGCGGCGCAAAGGGUCUAAUACGGAUUGGUUCCUUCUAUAAUACCUUUCCUGAAUUGAACUCACAAGGAAAUGAUCAUUUAGAAGUUCCUGUUGUAACGCUGAAAAGAAGUUGCAGCAAAGCAGAAUUGCAUUCACCAAGCAUGACAGACGGAGUGAUAUUCGGAGUGAAAGCAACAUUUGGUUUAGAAAAAAUAAGAUUCAGCUUUCAACCGAACUGUGCCUUCAAGGACUUGCAGCAGGAGAUCGCUAAGCGUUUCAAAAUAUAUGAUUUCAGCAAAAUUGACCUGAAGUAUUUAGACAUUGACAAAGAACCAGUUCUUUUGAUCUGUGAUAUCAAUAACAUAAGGAUAGUUAUUUCCAAAUAUUGA